CCGGCCCCCUCCCCGCGUCCGGCCCCGGAGACUGGCCUUCGGGGCAAGGAGGCGAAGUCCCGGUGCAAGGUGGGGGACCAACAGCCGAGAACGCCGGGGUCCCGGAGCCAACAGCCCCCACAGCCCCCGAGUUGCGCGGAGGUCCUACUGUGGGAGUGGGUCUGCUGGCUCCUGGUAAGGGUAAGAAGGAGCCCCCUCAUCCUCCCUCAGCGGUCUCCAGGGACCCGCAACCCUCCUACACACGUCUGGGGUCGCCCCUGCCCAGCCAGGGGAAGGAGGGGUCUGAGCAAGCGAGGAGGGGCGGGGUGCGAGGCCGGAUUUAUGAAUGGAGAGGGCGACCUGCGCGCUGGCCCAGCGACCCCUGGCGGCCGCCGGGGCGCAUCGCGGCUGGGAUUCAAGAGGGGGACCAGAGGGGAUGGGGGUGCUGGUGGACCCAGCUGCUGGGUUUAGGGGGCUCUCCCCUUGCUUCCAGGGAGGUUGUCAGUUCCUCCCUGCACCUCUCCUCACACUGGGUGUGCGUGCGCGUGUUUGUGUGUGUCCACCGGGGAGGUUCUGGCAGGUUUUGUGGGUGGGGCCUGGGUCUCUAAAAUCCUCCCUUGACCGUUUCUUUCAACUAAAAUUUCAAGCCUUUUAACCGAUCCAGGAGAGAACAUUUGCAAUCGGGAUGGCUUACCCUCCCAAAUCUGUGAUGUUUGGUGGAUUCAGACAGACCUGGAAUAGUAGCUUUGUGACCCUGAGCAAGGAGCUCAACCUCUCUGAGCUUCUAUCUCCUCUUCUGCAAAGCAGGGCUCUUAGCAAUGGCCGUGAAGCUGGCUUCCGGUGCCAGUUUCUGGGUAAAGCACUCUGCACUCAUUAGAGCUCCUUACUCCUCACCGCGGCCCAAUGAGGCAGGUUCAGUUAUUACUCAAUGGGAUAGAUGAGGAAACCAAGGCUGAGAGGGACGAGGUAAGUAACCCAACUGGUAUGAAACUGGGAUGCAAGGCAGAUCUGUCUUUCUGUAUCGAUUCCAGGCUCCCCAUAACCCACGUGACUGUGAAAACAAAGAGGGAGCUUAUCUGCAAAUUGCCUGGCACACCCCUAAUGUUCCCUUUCUUCCUUCUUCCUUCCUUCAGAAGGUUCGGGGCUGGGACCCCAAAGACCUGAAUGCAAGGCCCUGGGCCCCCUGAGGGAAGUGGGCUGAGGCCUGGCCCAGGUGCCCCCCUCCCUCAGCAGAGCCCAGGAUGCCCCUCAGCUGCAGCGGCUCCUGAGCUCAUGGAGCCCACCGCUAGCCCAGGGCCCCAGACGGGAGUCCCUGCUGGCAGCAGGGAACCAUCCCCGGUGCCCCCAGACUACGAAGACGAGUUUCUCCGCUAUCUGUGGCGCGAUUAUCUGUACCCGAAGCAGUACGAGUGGGUCCUCAUUGUGGCCUACGUGGCUGUGUUCCUUGCGGCCCUGGUCGGCAACACACUGGUCUGCCUGGCUGUGUGGCGGAACCACCACAUGAGGACAGUCACCAACUACUUCAUCGUCAACCUGUCCCUGGCUGAUGUGCUAGUGACAGCCAUCUGCCUGCCAGCCAGCCUGCUGGUAGACAUCACUGAAUCCUGGCUCUUCGGCCAUGCCCUCUGCAAGGUCAUCCCCUAUCUACAGGCUGUGUCUGUGUCAGUGGCCGUGCUGACUCUCAGCUUCAUCGCCCUGGACCGCUGGUACGCCAUCUGCCACCCGCUGUUGUUCAAGAGCACUGCCCGGCGGGCCCGUGGCUCCAUCCUGGGCAUCUGGGCGGUGUCACUGGCUGUCAUGGUGCCCCAGGCUGCUGUCAUGGAGUGUAGCAGUGUGCUGCCGGAACUAGCCAACCGCACCCGGCUCUUCUCUGUCUGUGACGAACGCUGGGCAGACGAUCUCUAUCCCAAGAUCUACCACAGUUGCUUCUUCAUUGUCACCUACCUGGCCCCCCUGGGCCUCAUGGCUAUGGCUUAUUUCCAGAUCUUCCGCAAGCUCUGGGGCCGCCAGAUCCCUGGCACCACGUCAGCCCUGGUGAGGAACUGGAAGCGGCCCUCAGACCAGUUGGAGGACCAAGGGCAGGGCCCGGGUGCAGAGCCUCCACCUCAGGUCCGUGCCUUCCUGGCCGAGGUGAAGCAGAUGCGAGCUCGGAGGAAGACGGCCAAGAUGCUGAUGGUUGUGUUGCUGGUCUUUGCCCUCUGCUACCUGCCCAUCAGUGUCCUCAAUGUCCUCAAGAGGGUGUUCGGAAUGUUCCGCCAAGCCAGCGACCGAGAGGCCGUCUAUGCCUGCUUCACCUUCUCCCACUGGCUGGUGUACGCCAACAGCGCUGCCAACCCCAUCAUCUAUAACUUCCUCAGUGGCAGCUUUGCUGGAGCUGCGUGGGUGUCCCUGAGCCCAAGGCCCCUUCCUGCUCCAUCCGUCUCCUUACGGCUGUGUCUUCUGUCUCCCCACCAAGGCAAAUUCCGGGAGCAGUUUAAGGCCGCCUUUUCCUGCUGCCUGCCCGGCCUGUGUCCCUGCGGCUCUCUGAAGGCCCCCAGCCCUCGCUCCUCUGCCCGCCACAAGUCCUUGUCCCUGCAGAGCCGGUGCUCUGUCUCCAAAGUCUCGGAGCACGUGUUGCUCACCAGCGUCACCACGGUGCUGCCCUGAGUGAGGGCAGGGCCGUCCUGGUGGCUCCAGGGAGUGCAACCUGUUCCCUGCCUGGGCUGCUCCCUGGGACCCGCCACCACUCCUUGUAGAAAGACUGCUGGAUGCAGUGCAAAGCCAGGGGCUCCACUCCUGGUUUUCUGCCUGUUUAACUCUGGGCAAGUUACUUCCCUUCUCUGAGCUGUGUCCCCUAAGUGGGACUGAUGUGAGGAUUCAGCAUGCUCAAGAAAGUGGCAAGUUCUUUGUAAACUGUAGUGUUAUGGACAAGAUUAUCAGCUCACUUGGCCACACCCCACAGUACGAUCCAUCCUCAUCAUCCUUCCAGAGCUUGGCCUUCCUCCCAAAAAUCCUUCUCCUCAAUUACAGACCCUCCCUGGGGGGGGGGUCCCAAUCAGCAUUUCCAUAUGGCCCAGGAGCUCCCUGAAGCCCAGGCUGCACUUGGCCAGCUGCUCCUUGAGGCCUGUGUGAACUAAUCUGAGCCCAGCCCUACCCGAGUGGGAACACAGCCCCACAGUCACCAGGUGCCGAGCACAGACACCGUAGGCUGGAUCCCGUUGGUUAUGUGGUGUGAUCGAACACUCUCCAUGUGGCUGUUUGGCAUGGAGGCCAGCAGUCUGAGGCAACUGUAAUUAAAAGCCUGACACUGAA